UGUCCUCGGUUAUUUGGUCGGCCGAUUACUGUGACACACGUGAAUGGCCAGAACAAAUUCAAGCCUUCCUGUUUAUCCCCUGUAUUGUUAGUAAGAAGGCGGCGUUAGUAUAAACAAGACAAGCGUAUUGUGCUAUUUAUUUUGUUCGCGAAACUUCGAAAUGGAUAUUAGAACAACUAUCAUCUUUGGAUUUAUAUUCAUCGUAAUGGUGUCUGGAUAUCCAUCGGAUGAGAACAGAGCAAAGCGCGACGUCAUGGAAUCUAUGAAAAAUGCUUGGACGGAGAUGGUGCGAACUCUCAGCGAUGCAGGUGAUGCAGUCGUACACGUCUUCAAACCUACUGAGAAAAGUGCCAUAGAUAAAAUGGUAGAUGGAGUCAAAAGUCUUGGUCAAUGACAUUUUUCAUCAACUCCUUUUAAAAUUGAUCAGCAAAUUAGCAGCGUUGCAAUACAGCGAAGAUUAUUUUGACGGGCGUUUUUUGAGAUAUUAAUUACGCAAUACUGUAAUUUUAUAUUGCAUUUUAUUCGUAUUUGUAAUCUUUACCU